GCAGAAUGGGCCGUACUUCUGUAAUGUUUGUGUUCUACAACGACAGAAUGAAAAACCCAUGAAAGAUCUGGGCUUCACCCUUAAGUAACCGCUCUAACGGUCAUUUGAAGCUCUUCAUUGAUCUUUCCAACUGUGAGAGAAAAAUGUGAAAGAAAUGAGGCACUGGCCGUUUCCUAUAGUAGAGGAAGAAGUAAUAGUUUUUCAACUUUCCCUUUCCAUAAUCCCACCAAUUAUGCAUCAAAAUCAGCUAUAUCUGUUGAGAUGAGGAGUCUCUCUCUUUCUUUCUCAAUAUUCUAAAUUUAGCCUUUUCAAAUCCACCCAUUUCUCCCUGAUCGUUUCUAACUAGUUCUUCGGUCUUUCUGGCGGCAUUUCGUUUCUCUUCCUUAGCUACCUUUCCCUUUUCCUUUCACUCCUUAAAAACGCAUAUUCACUCUCAAAAUUCUUUUCUUUGUUUCUUUAAAUCUUAUACAUCACUGUGCUUUAGUUGACCAUUUCAUUCAUAUACACCCACACUGGCAAAAGAAGCCUUUUAACUUGAUCUGAUACGUGUCAUUUGUAACUUUGACAGUAUUGGGUUAUUGAAUUUGUUAAUUUCUUGAAUGGUUAUUAUUAAAGUUAGUGUUUUGGUUGGUGCGUGUGGUUAUAUAAUAGAACAGAACUAUGGCGUCGCCGGAUCGAGCUCAGGAGCAACAGUUCCCUUGUAAUAUUACCUUUGAUCAGUUAGGAAAUGUAGGAAAGCUUUUGAGUACAAUGAAGUUGGAUGAGUUCUUGAAAAAUGUGAUUUCUGUGGAAGAAGCUCAGUUGUUGCAAAAUGUUAAUCCUUCUUCUUCAUCUUCUUCUUCUUCCUCUUCCUCGGCUCGUCCUUUCUUUCUGGGAGACUUUGAUUUGAAUAAUGGAAUGUUGAGUAAGAAACCCGUCGAUGAUGCUUGGAAGGAUAUUGAUAAUCAAGAACAUGUUAAUGUCUUGGCUAACCAAUCAAUUCAGCAACGACUUGGAGAAACUUCACUGGAAGAUUUCUUAGUUCGUGCUGGAGUGGUUAAUAUAGGGAAUCAGAAUGCUAUGCUUGAUCCUCAUCAACCCAUUAUGGAUAUUAAUUCAAUGGUUGUGGUUUCACAACAGGAAGAUUGGUUGCAGCUUCAGAGGACAGCUGUGCAGCAGGAGCAGCAACAGCAACAGCACCAGAUGACAGUUUUGGAUUCGGAUUUUUAUGUUUCGGAAUCAGGUUACGAGAACCCAGUUGUUGAUGUUGGAUACGCAGAUAAUCAACUGGCUAUAACCAUGCCAAUGCCAGCAAUCUCAGCUACCUCUUCAGAGUCUCAGGCAGUUGCCGAAAAGAAACGUCGAUAUUCUGAUGAGGUGAUGGAGAAGACAAUUGAGAGGAGGCAGAAGAGGAUGAUCAAGAAUCGCGAGUCUGCUGCCAGAUCACGAGCAAGAAAGCAGUUGGCAUGUCCACAGGCUUACACUAAUCAAUUGGAGCAUGAAGUAUUUCAGUUGCAGAAAACAAAUAGCUGGCUCAAGAAGCUAAAGCAGGAACAGGAAAGGCUACUAUCUUCUAAUCCAGUUGCUCCGCCCAGAUACCAACUUCGGCGAACCAGCUCAGCUUCAUUCUAACGUUUGUGAAUAUUUGAAAACAUUAAAAUUCUUGAUUAAAUUGAAUUUGUUUUUAUCUCUUUAAUGAUGUUAACAAACACUUGUUGCUCUGCUAUGGAUUUCUUUUUCUUUC